AUGUGGGAGGCACAGCCCAAUGGCUGGCAGUGGCCAUUUUGUGGCCACUUGAGGCCACAGGCAUGCCCCAGAACAGCCUGCAUCCUGUGGGGUGGACAGGGGCUCAAGUCGGUCUCGGGAUUCCUGCAGUCUGGGACACCAGCUUGAGUUUCGGUUCGGAUGGGUCUCUGGUCUAAACCGAAACUGGGUUCCAGUUGGAUGGGUUGCUGAGUCAGCCUCUGCGAGGGCGGGGCGGUCACCACGGCAACACCAAUCCUGACCCGCGCCUGCUUGUGGGUGUCGAUGAGUUCUGGGUCCCAGACUUCGAGGCGGAAGCUCUCACUCUAGUCAUGUUUUUUCGUGGCGCGCUCUGGAUGCUGCUGCUCCUGCUGCUGUGCCCCUCGGGAGCGCAGGGCCACCGCGGUGCCACGAGCCCGGGGCAGGAAGACGACGAGCCCACCCCUUGGCCGAAUGUCCAACGCCUGCAGGAGCAGCUGAGGACGGCCGGGGCCCUAUCCAAACGGUACUGGGUACUCUUCAGCUGCACCCUGUGGCCGGAUCACUGUGAAGACCAGGACACCCCUGUGCCACCUCUGGGCUGGAGCCUUCCUCUGUGGGGCCGACGGUCGCUGGAUAUGCUCGCUGCGUGGUUCUGCCGCUUUCAAGACUGCUGCAGCGGCGGAGAUUGCAGGAUCUCCAACAACUUCACAGGCUUAGAAUCAGACUUGAGUGUGCGACUGCACGGCCAGCAUCUUGCUAGCAAGCUGGUCCUAAGAGCAGUAAAGGGCUACUUAGAGAAGCCCCAAGUAGGCAAGGCCCUGGCUCUGUCCUUCCAUGGCUGGUCUGGCACAGGCAAGAACUUCGUGGCGCGGAUGCUAGUGGACAACCUGUAUCGGGACGGCAUGAGGAGUGACUGUGUCAAGAUGUUUAUCUCUACCUUCCAUUUUCCACACUCCAAGUAUGUGGACGUGUACAAGGAGGAGUUGCAGAGGCAGAUGCAGGAGACGCAGCGGCGCUGCCACCAGAGCACGUUCAUCUUUGACGAAGCCGAGAAGCUGCACCCGGAGCUGCUGGAGCUGCUUGAACCCUACCUGGAACCGAGGAGCCCCAAGGUCCAUGGAGCUGAGGCUCCGCGAGCCAUCUUCCUCUUUCUCAGUAACCUUGGGGGCAGUGUCAUCAAUGAGGUGGUCCUGGGUUUGCUUAAGGCUGGAUUGUCCAGAGAGGAAAUCACAAUGCAGCACUUGGAAAUGCCCCUUCAGGCUGAGAUCAUGGAGUCUGCAGACAGCAGCUUUGGCUCCAGCCAUCUCUUGAAGGAACACCUUAUUGACCUCUUUAUCCCGUUCCUGCCGCUGGAGUACCGCCACGUGAGGCUGUGCGUCCGAGACGCCUUCCUGGGCCAGGAUCUCCCCUACACAGAAGAGGCCCUGGAUGAAAUCGCCAAGAUGAUGACGUAUGUCCCUGAGGGAGAGCGGCUUUUCUCCUCUCAGGGCUGCAAAUCCAUUUCCCAGAGAAUCAACCUUUUCUUGCCUUGAAAGUGACUCCUGUGCACCCUAAAGAAUCUUCCUCUUCCAGAGACACCCAUCUGCCAGGUACCCUGGUGUCCAGCAACGACUGCUUCCAGCUCGUGUGCAGAAGGCAGCUCCUGACAGACAGUUUCUAAAAACCACUUGGUGCCUUAAAAACCUACAUUCUAGACAAUCUAGACUGAGGGUCAGGAAGCCAGUGGAAGGUCCCAGUACCAAAGGGUCCUCGGAACACGUCCAACAGUUUCUGGGCACCAUAGGUCUUCCUGGAAGGCAGCUGGAGUUGAGUGUGAGCCUGAGGCGCCAGGAUCUUUGGGCUACAGAACAAGGAAGAUGGAAGAUGUGUGGACCAGCAGGAGUGUGGCCCAGGUCUGCAGGUUUGGCUGGCUUUCUGAGGUAGGGGGAGGGGCAGCUGCCUUGUGUGAGCAGACCAGCAAAGAGCCUCAGGCUAAAGGAAAAACCACACGCUUUCCAAACACUACAGGAGUGUGGCACACACCUGUGAUCCUAGCAUGUAGCAGGCUCACAGUAGAGAGAGCUAAAGAGACCUGAGCUGCCUAGUUUGAGCAGCCAGUCAGGCUUGACAAACAAAAAAAACACAGGUGUACAAAUAGCUAAGGCAUGUUCUGUUCUGCAGACUGAAAACUUUUUAAGAGGCCUCGUCAUGUAUAAUUAAAUUUUGUAUUUUUCUAACAUCCUUUCUUACGGAGACCUUGUCCUUUGCACUCUGUACUGAUGGGAGCUGAUGGAGAAAGGGUAGGUGCUGGCCUUGGCAGGCUGGCCCAGAAUGUACCCACCUACUAGCUGAUUUCAGACUACUCUGGCUCAGCACUCCAGCUCUGACAAGGAAAGCUGUGGUUUCUGAGGCUGAUGCGGUGACACAGACCAUGUUUUAUGAUACAGUGUUCCACUCUUUUCUGGUCCCUUCUUCACACUGUUGAAACAUACAGGUCUUUGUGUUUUGUCAGAAUUCCCCUCCUAUUAAAGCCCUCCGCAGCACUCAUCCCCCACUUGACAGUACACAAGUACUCACCUGACUUAGGGACUACCUAGCUCAGCCAAACUGAGUGCUCAAGUAUUCAAAUAAUUGAAGUAAAGGGUGUAGUGUGGAAGUGGAUCUCAAUUAGCAAAGGCAGUCACAAAGUUCCAGAGCUUGGGAGUUCUGCAGCCACAAACCCUAGGGAUGGCAAGUUAACAAUUCAGGUUUCUCAUAAAGCAAGACCACAUGGUAAUUAGUAAGCAUAAAAUGCCCAAUGAGACUUAGAUCCCUGUUCAAGCCAGGGCUGCAAUGCUAUCCUCGAAUAUUCAGGACAGAGCGGGAUGGGAGAGAUUGGGCACAUAGUGAGAACCAAGUGAACUGCAACAAGAACAAUAGUGGAUCCACUCCCAUCCAAGAGCCAACUCACUGUUCUCCCUCUGGAAAGGGACGCUGGAGUGCUGAAGGUCUUACCUGACCCAACAGGCCUGGAAUCCUAGGGAUUCCAGGAAUACCUUGUGGUCAGAGCAGGAGUUUCAGAAACUUAUCACUCCAGAAGCAAGCAGCGGGUUAGUGGUUAGAUUAAAAUGGAAAAGUCUUAAUUUUGUGAAGCAAAGCCUAUGAAGAAAACAACCUCUGAGAAACUGCAACACACACACAUCUCAGACAGCACUGUGCCCCAAAGGGCUAGAAAGACACUAAACUCCAAGUUAGUGUACCACCACCACCGCAGUGGUAAAAAGCUAUGUGUGUUAACACAACACAAACUGGCACUCCAAAGGCUGAGGUGGGAGGCUAUAUACAGUAUGACUCUGUCCUGCUGUUCCUGACUUUUUGAGACAUAUAGCCAAAAUUGGUCUUGAACUCUAUGUAAUCCUGAAAUGACUUUGUUCUGCUUUCAUCUUCCAAGUGCUGUAAUUACAGGCAUGUGCCAGUACACCUGGAUUUAUCUGGUGCUGGGCUCAGACCCAGGGCUUCUUGCUAGGCAAGGACUUUACUGAUCCCCAGCCCCAAGACCCUGUUUCUAAAUAAUGACACUGGAUUGGACAAUAAAAACAAGGAUCAGUGCAAGUG